AAACCUAUUCACUCGAUAUCUCAACAAUCACAACAGACAGCAAUCCAUCAAUCAUUCUAUCUUUUACCUCUCCUACUAAAAGAAAAUGGCACCAAAACCUUACCUUUCCAUCACCCUCAUCACCUUCAUGCUCAUCAUGGCUUCCACGGCGACCGCCCGGCCAGUGGCGAAACGCGAGGACUCGCCCUCUACCACUGCCGAAAGCCUCGUGCACAGGCUCAAGCUGGACGAAGAGACGGGAUACUGUUGGGACUCGUUGAUUGAGCUUCAGCAUUGCACUGGCGAGCUUAUCAUGUUCUUCCUCAACGGAGAGACCUACAUCGGCCCUGGGUGCUGCCGCGCUAUAAGGACUGUCGGGCAGAAAUGCUGGCCGAAUAUGAUGGGGGUUCUAGGGUUUACUGCCCAAGAAGGCGACAUGCUUCAAGGUUACUGCGAUGAGAAUGACCACGAUGAUGAUGAUGGGAGCAAUGAUCAUUCCCCUCCAUCACCACCAACACUCCCAUCCACGAUUUUCAAGCCUACGAAUGUUAGAUCUUCUAACCCUUGAAAGGGAAAUUAUGCAUGAUAUGUACGGUCUUAUAAUUAUAAGAACUUCAGUCUACUGUAACUAGGAGGGAGGGAUGCAGAGACAUAAACCCUCUACGUUUUUCCUUAUGAAUAAAAGGUUCUUUGAACUCAGAUAUAACCAAGGCACAUAUAUAUAUCUGUCCUAUACUUUCCUUGGUAAUCAACUUCAACAACAGUUUGGAAAAACUUUCUGAUCCAACACAGAACACAUACCGUUUGAUUAUAAGAAUUGCUUUCAUAUGAACUUUGGUUGAUAGUUCCAUCCAGCUACUGCUUCACUUCCAAUGAAUUCUCAAUUCGUUGGAUGAGUUGUCUGGCAGUCAAUGCACCCUC